AUGGAAAGACAACAAGAAGAAUUUAAGAGAAUUCAAAAUUAUCGAAGUUAUUCAGCAAUCAAUCCUACGAUUAGUGAUGAUAAUAAAAAUGAGACAAAGGAACGGGUAGGGAUGAUGAGAAUGCAAAGAAGACAUUCUUAUGAUAUAAAAUAUUAUAAACGAGAACUUGACCAUCAAGCUUAUCCACCAUCUCCUCCAGAAACUAUUAUCACCAACAAUAGUACUAGUACAUCUUGUCAUAAUGAAAAUAUUCUUCAAGGAGUUACUUUAGGAUUUUCAAGUUCAGGACCUAGUAAAAAUUUUCUGUUUAGAAAAGAAUGGGAUGAUGAAAUUAGUAAAAGAAAAUAUAAAAAUAAAAGUUAA